AUGUACGGCGUGGUGGCCGCCAUGACCGUCGGCGCGGAGAGCGAUGUCCCCACUGAUGCGCUCCGCACGCUGCUGGCGCCCGACGUGGUCGUCACGGCCAAGGUCCGCCUGCUAAACGCGGCGGAUAUCAGCAGGAUAAUAUGGGAGGAACUCACUACUAACGGAGAAAGCAAGCCGGUGCCGUACUCUCCAACCGUGGCGCUGCUGCACCUGCGGUUCGAGCAGCGCGCCGAGUCCCAGGGCUCGGCCACGCCACUGACGUCGCGCACGUGGCCCUUUCCGGACUCCGCGCAGCACCCACCAGUCUACGCCACUCCGCUCGCGUUCCUCUCGCCCAUCGUCUCCUUCCGCCUCUACCCCGGCACUCCCGUGGGGUCAGCGGCACAGCAGAAAGAGCUCAGCAUCGUGGAGCUGGGAAGCGAUUACUCGCAGUACACAUCAUUCCAGCUGUCUCUUGACCAGCAGACGCUGACGCUUCAAGGUUCUUCUGAUCAAGCAGAGUGUCUCAAGUAUAACACGUUCAACAGCAGCUACUUCUUCGUGCUCACGGAGCCGGUGGACAUUCAAUACCAGGUUAAGCUUCCGCCACCCCCUCCACCAUCCCCCCCGCCUCCCCCCAGCCCCCCUUCUCCGCCUCCGCCUCCCCUAGCUCCUCCUUCCCCGCCACCUCCCUCUCCGCCUCCACCCCCGCCGGCUGGAGGCAGCAACACGGCCCUGAUCUUGGGCAUCAGCAUUGGCGUGGGCCUCGUGGUGCUGCUGCUGGCAGGCGGUCUGGCGGCGUUCGUCUAUAUCUGGACGGUCAGGCGGAAAAAGCACGCGCAGUCUCAGCCCGAGGGCAACGUGGGGCGCGCGCAUCUGAUCGCUGCAAUAUCUACCGUGAAAGGCGGUGCUGCGCAAGGCUCUUCACGUGCGGAAAAUAGCAUCGCACCCACAGCCAGUGGAGGAGCAGCCUCAGGACGUGCCAGUCGAAGAGGAUGA